GCGCUUGGGCACCCGCCCUUCCCGUCUCGCAGGGCUCGGCGGACCCGUGUGGGGACAUGGCGGGUUUGGUGUUAGUGUUCUCCCCGCUGCCACGGCUUCGCGGUCUGCUUCAGCGCUGUUGGCAGCGGCUGGAGGGCGGACUCUUGCCGGGUUUCUCUGGGGGACAGAGCCCGCCCUGGGGACCAGCACUAGCUGUCCAGGGUCCAGCUUUCCUUCCACAGCCAGUACAUGACACCGAUGAAAGUAAUGAGGGGCCGAGCCUGCUGGACAGCAUCUUGUGGAUGGCAGUGCCGAAGAAAAGGCGCACCAUUGAAGUGAACCGCUGCAGGCGAAGAAACCCCAAUAAGCUUAUAAAAGUCAAGACGAACAUAGACGUUUGUCGUGAGUGUGGAAACUUGAAACAGAAACACGUCCUUUGUGGCUAUUGUUAUGCAAAGGUCAAAGCAGAAACUCGACUGAUCCGGAAGGAAAUGUAUAAACAGGAAGGAGGGCCAUUUAAUGCUCCAACUGUAGAGACUGUCGUCCUGUAUGAUGGAGAAAAGCCCACAGAAAAAGAUGCAGGCAAGAGGAUCAUUGAAAGAGCCAGGAAGCGCCCAUCAUGGUUUGCUCAAAAUUGAUGCUAAGGAACUAAUGCUAACAAAAGCAGUUACUACAGCAAGAAAGAUCAUGAUUUUCAAGAAUGUUUUCUUCAUUUUAUUCACUUAAUGUCGAUACAGAAAACCUAUGGGCUUCUUGGAAGCCUGCUUGAAUAGCACAUCAUGCUGUAUGAUUUUGCAGUCAGGUGUUGUUUCUAUAGCAUGCAGUGGAAAAUACUUCUCAGUGAUGCAUCGUAACAGUCAACAGUUAAAGAGAGAUCAGGAUCUCCCUUGAGUUUGGACAUCUGAGUGCGGUACACUGAGUAAUUUGUAUGCUGAUGUUCUAUGCUGGUUUUGUAAACAGCCAGUUUUUAACGAACAUAAAACAUUCACAGAUGUAAAAUAAAGUAUGUGGAGUUUCCCAGGGAAAUCUG